CUGAUGAACUUUGACCCAUGCUGUUCUGAAUCUGACUAAUCACCAUGUUUGGAGUAAAGUCCAGCGCUUGGUUCAAAGACAAGAAGAAAAUAUCAAUGCAGUGAGGAUCGACAGAAAGAGACUCAGGAAAAUGGACAGCACAUUUUUAAAAUCAGUAACAAAGCGAGUGUGGUCACCAACACAGCGGCCUUUCAGGGUGUGUUGUCACAAAAGAGAGACCAGGAAAGGCAUCACGGCUGGGACCCUGGAGGAGCUGAAAGAGAGGGUGUGCCAGGCGUUGCUGUUGUCCUUCUCAGCUGUGUCUCUGUCUCUGGUCUGCGAGGAGGACGGAACAGAGGUAGAAUCUGACGAGUUCCUCAUGACGCUGCCUGAUAACACCAUGCUUAUGGCUCUGGAGCCUGGACAUACCUGGAGGUCACCCACGGGUGCAGUCGUGGCUAAAUCCAAAGAUCUCAACAAGUCUCGGAAUGGUAAAGACAUAGCUCAAGUCACUUUUGACCUCUACAAAACCAGUCCGAGGGAUCUUUUUGGCUCCCUGAGUGUGAAAGCCACAUUUCAGGGCCUGUAUUCUGUGAGCGCUGACUUCCAGUGUCUGGGGCCAAAAAAAGUUCUCAGAGAAGCUCUGCGUGUCGUCUCCGCCCUCCUUCAAACUGCCGGACAUCUGCUUAUCACCUCUGCUUCCAUGAUUCGCCGCAUUAUUGCAGGUGCUGAGCUUUGGGAGCCGAGGGAAGAGUACACCACUAGAUGGAACUGAUGGAGCCACCACAGACCCCUGUGUAACAUCAACUAAUCCAAAGUCAUAUGUAAUGAUUCCAGGUCAUCACCGACCAUCCCAAGUAACAACAGACAGCAUGUACGUAGCAAGAGAAAUAUGACAAAUGCUUAUUUUGAUACAACAUGAUUCACAGAAAUCUGCUGUAAUCGUGUCAAACUGAAGGCUGAUGUUCCACUGGUUUUGAGAAGUCUUUAUAUAUUGAAAGUUUCACAUCAGAUCUAACAAUGCGAACAUUUUGAAACUUACCAUUACAGGUCACUGAGAGUGAUGUGAGGCUGUAAAGAGGGAUUUACACUCUCACAUCAAUUUACCACUGAAAAACGACUGACACCACUGACUGACAGCAGAAAUGUAUGGGAGACAUGUUUGGUGACUCUAUAAAUGAAGUUGACAUAUCUUGUAUAUGGUCUAUUUUCUUUUUAAAUGGUAACAAGUUACUGUAACUUUAAUUUGUAACAUGGACUGAUUAUGUUCAUAUACAUUUACAUAUACAGUGGUAUUUACUGAUUAAGUUAUUGAUUGACGGAUGACGGAUGAUUUAAGUUCAAUGAAAUAAAUAAAACUCACACGA